AUGGCCGCGACACCGUGGCAAGUGGGUGAUAGGGUGACCAUUGCGCAGACGCAGCUUUGUGGCACCAUCAAGUUCAUCGGUGUCACAGAGUUUGCUGGCGGCGAAUGGAUGGGCAUCGAACUGGACGAGAAGGCGGGCAAGAACAACGGCUGCGUCAAGGGCAAAGCCUACUUUGACUGUAAGCCGGACUACGGAAUCUUCGUGAGGCCCACGGCCGUGGCGAGGAUUCCUCCGAGCAGCAGAAGAAGGUCUUCUGCAGUUCCGGAUCCUACGCUGCAGCCGCCAUCUGCGCCAGCCUCGCCCAUCAAGCAAGCACUGCUUGGGCUGCCGUCGCCGUCGGCGGCAGCAGCCGCUAGACGAAGCAGCCUUCGAACCAGCAGGAGAGAGGAGGAAGGAGAUCGGAGCCGAGAGAUUCAAAAGGCGAGCGUGCAGCUGGAACUCGCUGAGGCGAUGGAGGACCACGAUGUGGAUGCCAUUCGCCGCAUGCUGCCAGCUGCGCAUAAUCUGGGCAUUGCACGAGAAGAGAUCGCAGCAGCACAGCGGAUAUUGAGCUGGGAGCUCAAACAGAGUAUGCAGAUGGAAGUCAAGGCCGUAAGCAGGUCUGUCUCGGAGCUGUCGGAGGCUGUGGGGCGCCUGGAGGCGGUUUCAUCCACGCCUGCAAGUCCAGCUACCAGCUCAGCGGUGAGCCGUCUCGGAGAGGAGCUUCAGAAGAGAGUAUGGCAAAGUUUGGAGAGCAAGAUCCAUCAGAUUGUGGACGGUGCUCUGUCGAGGGCUUCAACAAGAGCAGGCAAGACAGCUUCACAUCCAUUAGAGGCGUAUGGAUUCGAGCAUUUCGAUCUCAAUGGCGACGGGAUAGUCACCAGAGAAAUCUUCGAAGAGGCUCGCAAGAAGAUCAUGGCAGGUCAGUUGCAGGAGCCGAUGAAGGCCACUGCCAACUCCGAGCCCCCUUCCCUCUCAAGGCCCUCCUACCCCGAAGCUACAAAAAGUCUCUUGCGACACCUCUACUCUCGUGCUGCUCGAAGCCUGGAAAAGCUCGAGAACCACGACGCCACGCGCUUCGUGGUCGGGCGCUUGUUGAGCAGAGGCCUGCAGAGAGCGCUCACGCUCGGACCUGCGUCGGAUGCUUUGGCUGAUGCAAAGCGAGACAUCGCAGCCAUUCGUGCGUCCAGGUUGCGGAUCGAAGAUGCGACGAGGAAGGCAGAAGAGUUAGUUAAUGCGGCUUCAACCAGGGUGCAGGCUGCGGCACGUGGGCGACUGGUCCGUCGCGAGAAGGAUCUGGUGAAGAAGAGCACAAUCACACUUCAGCGGGCCCUCCGUCGGCUGAAGCACCGGAGACAAGGCAAGAAGCUCGACUUUUCUGUGGUGGUCGCGGCCGCCACGGAACAGCGAAAGGCAGGCUUGGUGACCGUGGUGCAGGGCAGCUUGAUCGGCUCGAUCCUGUCGAACUUGCUUUUGGUCUUAGGAAUGGCCUUCCUUGCAGCCGGCUUUGUCCAGAAGGAGAGUGUCUUCAACGAGAUGGGGGCGGCGGCGAAUGUGGUUUGCCUCGCGUUGGGAGCCGUGGCUCUGGCAUUGCCUGCCGUGUUCACAACCAUCCCAGGAACUUCAAAGCAGGAUGUUUUGGAGGUCUCUCGCGCUUCCUCGGGCGUUGUUGCUGCAGCUUACAUCUGCUUUCUGGUUUUUCAGCUCUGCACCCACUCGGAGAUGUUUGCCGGGGAGGAGGACGACGACGAAGAGGCCAACCUAGGGCUUGGUCCUGCCAUCCUGAUUCUGCUCCUGGCCACAGUGGCCGUAGCCUUCUGUUCCGAGCUCCUGGUGGAUUCCAUCGAGGGGGUGACCGAGGAUUAUGGGCUUCCAGAGGCCUUCAUAGGGGUCAUCCUCCUUCCCAUUGUGGGCAAUGCCGCAGAGCAUGCGACA